AUGCAAGAUAAAUUUCAAUUUGUUCUUGACUAUCUUUCCAAUUAUUCAACUCAUCGAAUUAAUAAAUGGAAUACAAAUGAUUUAGCUCAAGGCAAUGUUAGUCUUCUUGCAAAAGUAUCAUUACUGAUACUAUUUGCUUUUCGUCAUGAUUUGUCUUACAGUGUAACAUUAGUGGCUUAUUAUGUACAUCGAAUUGGACUAAUAAAUGAUCUUUUUCAAUUACAUAUGAGUAAAAAUGAAUAUGGUUUAUUUCAAUUAGACGUGGAUAGUUGUUUUAUCGAUUUUUGUUUAAAAUAUAGACGAGUAUUCUGGGUUCCGGAUCCUGUCGGAAAUCUGGCUUAA